CAUAAAAAAGGCAUGCCUUUUUUUAAAUAGUCUCCACUCACGUUCUCAUCGUAAAAAACCCUAAACCGCCGUCGAUUUCCCCUAAUUAUUUUCUCGACAAACAAACAAAGCGAAUUAAUCCAAUGGGUUCCAAAUUCAAGAACCAUAACCCCCUCAGCGGGGAUGGAGCUAGCCCCGGGAAGAUUUUUAUCGGAGGAUUGGCCAAAGAGACUACCUUUCCUCAAUUCAAUAAGCACUUUGGAAAGUAUGGGGAGAUAAUCGAUUCUGUAAUUAUGAAAGAUCGAUACACUGGUCAGCCUCGCGGUUUUGGAUUUAUUACAUAUGCUGAUCCAUCCGUUGUAGAGAAGGUCAUUGAAGAAGACCAUGUCAUCAAUGGAAAACAGGUUGAGAUAAAGAGGACAAUUCCUAAAGGCUCUAGUCAGUCAAAGGAUUUUAAGACAAAAAAGAUAUUUUUCGGUGGUAUACCAUCCUCAAUCACGGAAGAUGAAUUAAGGAGUUUCUUCUCCAAGUAUGGAACUGUAAUGGAGCACCAAAUUAUUCGUGAUCAUGCAACCAAUAGAUCUCGUGGCUUUGGCUUUAUAAUUUUUGACAGUGAAGAGGUUGUAGAUGAUGUGUUAUCGAAAGGAAAUAUGAUUGAUAUGGCAGGUAACCAGGUGGAGAUCAAGAAAGCUGAACCAAAGAAAGCCUCAAACCCACCACCUGCUCCUGCAUAUGGUAGCAACUCUAGGGGCUGUUCUUAUGAUGAUGGCUUUGGUGGAUACGGUAGUUCAUAUGGGGGUUUUAAUGGAGGGUUUGGUACAGUUCCUUAUAGAACACCUGCGAGUCUUGGUGGUAGACUCAGUGGUGAUUAUGGGUAUGGUAGUGGUGGUGGUGAAUUUGGUGGAGGUUAUGGGGGUUUUGGAGGCAAUAGCUUAGGAGGCUACCGAGGUGAAUCUUCCCUUGGUUAUUCUGGCCGCUUUGGUUAUGUUGGUGGCUUUGGAGGGGGUUAUGGUGGAAGUGGUGUCGGCGGCUAUGGCCGAGGAGGUGAUGGUUAUGGUAGUUAUGCAGGUACAGGCUAUGGUGGUGGUUAUGAAUAUGGUCCUGGUGCUAGUUAUGGUGGAGCAGGUGGGCUCUAUGGAAGGGGAGGCUAUAGUAGCAGUAGUCGAUACCAUCCAUAUGCAAGAUAGAAUGAAGGCAUUGUGAUUUGCCAUAGAAGUUCCAUACAGUUUCCUUAGAUCUGCAUUGUGCAUCACUAGGCACUUUCUGACACAAGUACUAGAAGUCUUCUAAUUAUAGCAUGUGGGGAAAGCUAUCAAGAUCAGAGGACACAUCAUGUUAGACUAUUGUUCUAUUGUAUGGUUUAGAAAACCUUCAUAUCACUGCUUGAUUGCCUUGUUCUAGUCUAUUUUUAUUUGGUUUGUCAUGUAGACUAUAUCAACCUGUUUUGGACUUUGCUAGUUAGAUAUAUUAUCCCCUUUAGUUCUGUUUUAGCUUCUUACAUAGUAAUGCUAUAUCUUCUUUACAUCAGACUAAUCUUUUUUUGGCGAUCAAUUAAAUUACUGCAAAUAUCGACUCAUCAGGGAUCAAUGCAUAGAUUUGCCAUUGUAGAUGUUAGAAUAUUUAAGUUAGUUUGAUAUUCAAUCACUUAACUUACUACUACUAUUAUAGUGAUUAAAAUAGGAAAUGCUUGGAAAUUAUUAGGAAAUGGUUGGUACUUGGAUGUAUUCUUAUCACCCCUUAUUCCAAUGUUCAUAUGAGAUGCCUUUAGGAAGGAAGACUUU